AUGGCUGUUGAAGAAGUGAGCAGUGCAACAAAUUAUGAUAGAAGUCACAGAGGAAAGAGAAGAACAGAUCUGGAAGGCUCAAGUGCUGAUGAAAAAUGUAAAAAUAUAGGGGUUCCGCAGGCAGUGUCCCUUGGUGGGGACAGGGUGGAGCUGGAGGCACUGACGUAUCCAUGUGGCCACCCGCCGAAGCCUGGUGAGCAUGGGAAGGGGAAGCCCUUUAAGUUCCUAGGAAUUUUAGAUGUCGAAAAUAUUUCCUGUACACAGGACUUGGUAUUACAUGCUUCGUUAGGAUCUGUUGUAGCUGGCCUUGGACAUUUUUUAUUAGAUAGUAGAAUUAAAAGAUCGUGUGGUGUUGGAGUAGGAGGAUUUAUCUUGGUGACUUUACGAUGCUGGUUCUAUUGUAGGUAUAAUUAUGCAAAGCUAAAAAUCCAGGAAAGAAUCACCAGAGAAGGAAUUAAAAAUAAGAUUUUAUGUGAAAGUACCCACCUUGGUCCUAAAAGAAAGCAAACCAACAGCCACAGCAGCAAUUGAGUGGGGUUUUGAGCAUAGAAACCCAAAUACAACUCACUGAAGUCAGUGUGAAUAAAGUAGAGAUCAACUAUGUAAAACAUCAUAUGUACCAUAAGAAUGCUUUCAAUCAAGUAAAUGAAGUACAUGUAUGUUGUAAAAAAAAGAAAGGAAGGGAGAAAUAUAAGGGUCUUUCCCAGAAGACUGCAAGGAAACGUGAAGAACAUAUUAUUUCAUAUUAUUUCCACGUGGAAAUAUCACUGGUAGAAUUAUGUGAUGGUAAAUUUUGUGUCAAUUUGGCUGGGCCACAGUGCCCAGAUAUUUGGUCAAAUAUUCUGGAUGUUUCUGUAAAAGUGUUCUUUUGGAUGAGAUUAAUAUUUAAGUCUAUAGCCUCUGAGUGAAACAAAUUUCCCUCCAUGAUGGAGAUGAGCCUUGUCUAAUCAGUUGAAGGUCUUACUAGAACAAAGACUGACUUCCUCAGAGUAAGAAAGAAUUCUGUCAGCAGACCACCUUUGGACUCCAACUGCAACUCUUUCUUAGAUCUCCAACCUGCCAGCCUAUGAUGCAGAUUUUGGGUUUUCACAGCCAAUUCAUUAAAAUAAAUAUGUGUGUGUGCGCAUCAUGUUGGUUCUGUUUAUCUGGAGAACCCUGACAAAUACAAGCAGUAAAGUAGUGUCAAAAGCUGAAAUUUAGUAUGGGUUGGAUGUGGGGAGGAGCUACAGUAGAGGACAGAAAACCUGCUCUGUGUAUUGAGAAUAAUGAGCUUGGUUGGAACUUAGAUUAGGAUAAGUGGGUUUGGACCAAUUCUUAAAACUAAUACUUGAGGAGUUUUAACUAAAACUACAUCAUAGAUUUUAUUCUAAUUUUUUAUUUGAAUUUAGCCUUAUUUUCCUUACUUUUGGGCAUUUCUUAACUAAUUUAGUCUUGUUUAUUGCUGUCACAUUUUGGUCUUCAACAGACUUGCUUUUCUUCUUUAUCAAUUGCUAUCAGAGUCUAAUUUAUAAUUUUUAGUUUGUGUCAAAAAUGAAGGCUUGUGGAAAAUAUUAAUGAUUUCACUUGGGGGUACUAAGUAUACUUAAUUAUGUAUAUGUUUAUAACAUUAAAUUUAGAAAGCUUUGGUAUUUUAUAAUAUAGAUACUGUACGGGGAAGUUGGUCACUACAACUCUUCUCUCUAGCUGCACGUCCUUCUGGAUGACCUUCCAGACAAAGCCGGGGUUGCGAGGGAAGCCCGGGUCCCAGGUGCCGGAAAGAAGCCAGUGCCAGCAGCCGUGGAAACAAAGGCCUACUCUUGCAUGAUUUUCAUGCAUCGGGCUUCUAGUAUCCUAUCUAAUAAAGGUGUAAUAUGCAAAUUGACCAUCACUCCAACACACAAGAUGGCCACCCCUAUGUGGUCAAAGAUGGCCACUCUCAUGUGGACACAAGAUGGCCGGCAGGGGAGGGUAGUUGGGAGGGAC